GUGGAAGGUGCGCUUGGCGGCGGCGGCGGGAGCUGCGGAGUCGGGAAUCAAAACAAAGGGCCUGGGGGGGGCGGGGGGAAGGCGGCGGGGCCGGAAUGUGAGCGGAGGUGGAGCCGGCGGCCGAGGGUGGAAGAAUGAAAGAAAAGAAAGAUGAAAGAAUGUUGAACCACUUUGCAUGGCUGUAUGAUGGAAGGAAACGGAACUGAGAACCCCUGCAGUAGAACACUUGGAUGGCUUCAACAAGAUAAUGAUGCUAAGCCAUGGCUUUGGAAAUUCUCUAAUUGCUUUUCUCGUCCUGAGCAGACGUUGCCACUUAGUCCCCAAACGAAAGAGUACAUGGAGAACAAGAAAGUUGCUGUGGAAUUAAAGGAUGUACCAUCUCCCCUUCAUGCUGGCUCUAAGCUCUUUCCAGCAGUCCCACUUCCUGAUAUUCAUUCUCUUCAGCAACCUAAAAUACAGCUUUCAACUGUCCCCAAAGUAAGCUGCUGUGCUCAUUGCCCCAAUGACUCCUCCACUUCGCCAAUGCAUUUUGGUGGUGGUGGUGGCAGCAGUGGUGGAAGUACUGGUAGCUUGAUUCACACGGGCACACUCUUAGACUCACAGAGCACCAGGACGGUCACAUGUCAGGUAGGGUCAGGGUUUGCUUUCCAGUCUGCGUCUUCACUUCAGAAUGCCUCAGCUAGGAGCAACUUGGCAGGCAUUGCGAGUGACUUUCCCAGCACRUGUCUAGAGAGUAAUCUGUCCUCCUGCAAACACCUCCCCUGUUGUGGAAAGCUCCAUUUCCAGUCAUGUCACAGUAGCAUGCACAAGCUGCAUCAGUUUCCAACUCUCCAGGGCUGCACUUCUGCUGGCUAUUUUCCCUGUUCUGAUUUCACAAGUGGGGCUCCAGGGCGUUUGGAAGAGCACAUUUCACAGUCGGAGCUAACGCCUCAUUUGUGCACCAACUCUUUACACCUAAAUGUGGUACCUCCGGUUUGUUUAAAGGGCUCACUUUACUGCGAAGACUGUCUAAACAAGCCGGCAAGAAAUAGUAUAAUUGAUGCUGCUAAAGUCUGGCCAAAUAUACCACCUCCAAAUACUCAACCUGCACCUUUUGCUAUCCCUCUGUGUAAUGGCUGUGGAACCAAAGGAACAGGGAAGGAGACCACGUUGUUAUUGACGACCAGUCUAGGCAAAGCUGCUUCGAAAUUUGGGUCACCGGAAGUCACAGUACCCGGACAGGUGCUGGAAAACUUGCCCCCCAUUGGAGUUUUUUGGGAUAUUGAAAAUUGCUCAGUUCCUUCUGGCCGGUCAGCUACCACUGUUGUACAGAGAAUCCGUGAAAGAUUUUUUAAAGGUCACAGAGAAGCAGAGUUCAUCUGUGUGUGUGACAUCAGUAAAGAAAACAAAGAAGUUAUUCAAGAGCUGAAUAAUUGCCAGGUAACCGUUGCUCACAUCAAUGCUACUGCAAAGAAUGCUGCAGAUGAUAAGCUCCGGCAGAGUCUCCGAAGGUUUGCAAAUACUCACACUGCUCCGGCCACUGUGGUUCUUGUGUCAACUGAUGUCAACUUUGCAUUGGAACUUAGUGACCUGAGACACAGGCACGGUUUCCACAUAAUUUUGGUUCAUAAAAACCAGGCGUCAGAAGCACUGCUGCAUCAUGCCAACGAGCUAAUCAGAUUUGAAGAAUUCAUUUCUGACUUGCCCCCCAGGUUACCACUAAAAAUGCCGCAGUGCCACACUCUGCUCUAUGUUUAUAACCUGCCCGCAAACAAAGACGGCAAGAGCRUCAGCAACAGGCUCAGACGCCUGUCCGACAACUGCGGUGGGAAAGUGCUGAGCAUCACGGGCUGCAGUGCAAUUCUGCGCUUCAUAAACCAAGACAGUGCGGAGCGGGCUCAGAAGCGGAUGGAAAACGAAGACGUCUUUGGUAAUAGGAUCAUUGUGUCAUUUACUCCAAAACAUAGAGAACUCUGUGAAGCAAAGAGUUCAAAUGCAAUUGCUGAUAAAGUGAAGUCUCCCAAAAAACUUAAGAAUCCAAAAUUGUGCCUCAUCAAAGAUGCAAGUGAACAAUCUUCCAGUGCCAAAGCCACGCCUGGAAAAGGCUCGCAGGCGAAUUCUGGAUCUGCAACAAGAAGUACAAACGUUAAAAGUUUACAGGAGCUGUGCCGCAUGGAGUCAAAGACCGGCAACAGAAGCUGUGAGCCGCAGCCCGGUCACAUGAGACUGGCAGCGACCCCGCACUGUAACCCCAGCGCCGUGGUGCCGACGCCCAAAAACUCCGGGAUGGCCGAAUUGCUCUACAAAGGCAAUCAGAAAAAAGAGAACCUCAGUGCUCGAAGUGUCACCAGUUCUCCCGUAGAGAAAAAAGACAAAGAGGAGACUGUCUUCCGAGUGAGCUACCCAUCCGCUUUUAGUGAGUUGAUGGCGUCAAGGCGAGUUAGUCCUCUGCUCACGUCUCCGCCCUGGACUCCUAGCAGGAGUAUGUCUCCAAACUUCUUAAACAGAGCAUCCCCACUUGCUUUCAGCGUUGCUGACCCCAGCAGUGGAGCCGACCGCCCAGACCCCUUUGCAAAUGGUGCUGACAUCCAGGUCAGCAACGUGGACUACAGGUUGUCCCGGAAGGAGCUGCAGCAGCUCCUCCAAGAGGCCUUUUCUAGGCACGGCAAGGUGAAGAGUGUCGAGCUCAGCCCCCACACGGAUUACCAGCUCAAGGCUGUUGUGCAGAUGGAAAACCUACAAGAUGCCAUUAGUGCAGUGAAUAGCCUCCACAGGUGUAAAAUUGGCAGCAAGAAGAUCCUGGUCUCACUUGCCACAGGAGCUGCUAAUAAAUCACUCUCUUUACUGAGUGCAGAAACCAUAUCUAUUCUUCAGGAUGCUCCGGCCUGUUGUUUGCCUCUUUUUAAAUUUACAGAUAUCUAUGAAAAAAAGUUUGGACACAAGCUGAAUGUGUCAGAUUUAUAUAAGUUAACAGACAUAGUUGCAAUCCGUGAACAAGGAAACGGGCGGCUGGUGUGUCUCUUACCCAGCAGUCAGGCCCGCCAGAGCCCCCUGGGGUCUUCCCAGUCACAUGACGGCUCCUCCACGAAUUGCAGCCCAAUUAUAUUUGAAGAAUUAGAGUACCAUGAGCCUGUCUGCCGACAGCAUUGUUCAAAUAAGGACUUCAGUGAACAUGAAUUUGAUCCAGACUCCUACAGGAUUCCUUUUGUGAUUCUCUCUCUGAAGACGUUUGCACCCCAGGUCCACAGUCUUCUCCAGACCCAUGAGGGCACCGUGCCUUUAUUAAGCUUUCCAGAUUGCUAUGCUGCAGAGUUUGGUGACCUAGAAGUAGUGCAAGAGAACGAAGGGGGCGUCCCCUUGGAGCACUUCAUCACCUGCAUCCCAGGUGUGAACAUCGCCACCGCGCAGAACGGCGUCAAGGUGGUGAAGUGGAUCCACAACAAGCCUCCACCUCCGAACACCGACCCUUGGCUUCUGCGUUCAAAAAGUCCCGUGGGGAACCCGCAGCUGAUCCAGUUCAGUAGAGAAGUGAUCGACCUGCUGAAGAGCCAGCCGUCCUGCGUCAUCCCCAUGAGUAGCUUCAUCCCGUCCUACCACCAUCACUUCGCAAAGCAGUGCCGGGUGUCCGACUACGGCUACGCCAAACUGAUAGAGCUGUUGGAGGCCGUGCCUCACGUGCUGCAGAUUCUUGGAAUGGGCUCCAAACGUUUGCUGACCCUCACCCACAGGGCUCAAGUGAAGCGCUUUACUCAGGAUUUACUAAAACUCCUCAAAUCCCAGGCCAGCAAGCAGGUCAUUGUGAGAGAAUUCUCGCAGGCUUAUCAUUGGUGUUUCUCAAAGAACUGGGAUGUUACUGAAUAUGGUGUUUGUGAGUUGAUUGAUAUYGUAUCAGAGAUUCCAGACACAACCAUCUGCUUGUCCCAACAAGAUCAAGAUAUGGUGAUUUGUAUCCCCAAAAGAGAACGUACUCAGGAUGAAAUAGAAAGGACAAAACAGUUCUCCAAGGAUGUUGUUGAUUUGCUGCGUCACCAGCCCCACUUUCGGAUGCCCUUUAAUAAGUUUAUUCCUUCCUACCACCACCACUUUGGCCGGCAGUGCAAGCUCGCGUACUAUGGGUUUACCAAACUACUUGAACUUUUUGAAGCCAUACCUGAUAUUUUGCAAGUAUUAGAAUGUGGAGAAGAAAAAAUCCUUACUUUGACAGAAGUAGAAAGGUUCAAAGCUCUAGCUGCCCAGUUUGUAAAACUUCUGCGGUCCCAGAAAGAUAACUGCCUUAUGAUGACAGAUCUGCUUACAGAAUAUGCCAAGACUUUUGGUUACACGUUUCGUCUCCAAGACUAUGACGUCAGUUCAAUUUCAGCUCUGACGCAGAAACUCUGCCAUGUUGUAAAGGUUGCUGAUAUGGAAUCUGGCAAACAGAUUCAGCUGAUCAACCGAAAGUCUCUGCGGUCCCUCACUGCCCAGUUGCUGGUGUUGUUGAUGUCUUGGGAAGGAACCACCUCUCUUUCCGUCGAUGAGCUCAAGAGACAUUAUGAAACCACCCACAGUACUCCUCUCAACCCCUGUGAAUAUGGAUUCAUGACCUUGACAGAACUUCUGAAGAGUUUGCCUUAUUUAGUUGAGGUUUUUACUAAUGAUGAGACAGAAGAGUGUGUGAAGCUCACAAGUCUCUAUUUGUUUGCAAAGAAUGUGCGGUCUUUACUUCACACUUACCACUACCAGCAGAUUUUCCUUCACGAAUUCUCCAUGGCCUAUACCAAGUAUGUUGGAGAAACACUGCAGCCCAAGGCAUACGGCUACAAUAGUGUGGAGGAGCUCUUGGGAGCGAUCCCACAGGUGGUCUGGAUAAAAGGACAUGGUCAUAAGAGAAUUGUAGUGUUAAAAAAUGACAUGAAAAGCCGGCUCAGUUCACUUAGUCUCUCGCCUGCCAAUCCUGAACAUCAGCCCGCAGACAGUGAGCGAAUCCUGGAGGUGCCUGAACUGUGCGCAGCCUCGGAAACCCCGCUUGGAGCAAGUAGCACUGGGCCUGGUCAGACGGAGCAAGAGCUUCUCCGCCUGGCCAGCAGCUCCCCUGUCGACCUCCUGUGUGCACCUGUCCCUUCUUGCCUGCCGUCCCCUCAGCUGAGACCAGAUCCUGUCAUCCUGCAGUCUGCUGACCUCAUUCAGUUUGAGGAACGCCCUCAAGAGCCUUCUGAAAUUAUGAAUUUAAGCCAAGAAGAAAGCAUUGCAAUUCCAGUACCAGGAAGGAAGGAAACGCUGCCCUGUUACUCCAGCCCCUCCGGCGUCCCAGCCGCUGCCCCAGAGCUGCCUCGCCCCUCAGGAGCCCCAGAGCCGCCACUCAGCAAGGACCCUGUGGAAAGCCCCGCCAAAAAGCAACCCAAAAACAGAGUGAAAUUGGCAGCCAACUUCUCCUUUGCACCUGUAACCAAGCUUUAAUUCCCACUGGGAACAUAGAGUUAGGAUGGGGAAAAACUGUCUGAUUCUGCACACAAAAAUGGGCUCAAAAAACAGCCUUUUAUGUUUUAAUGAAACCCCCCAGAAGCCACUUAACUGCUUCUUUAGAAGUAUUCCAUGAUAUUUUUGUCCUUUUAAAUUGAACACAGCUUUCAGCUGAAGUUUUUCUUUUUUUUUUUCCCCCUCAAUUAUUUGAAAGAACUUCUGGCAUUUGUUAAAGAAUCUUUAAUAUAUUUUCCCAAAUUUUUCUUAACUAUUAGGCAACACAGUGUGUUCCGGAAGAAGUAAGCAGUGGGAACCCAACUAGCAGGAAGUGGUCUUGCUUCCAUUGAGCCGCUUCAGGGGUGUGACCCCACAGUAGCAUACAGAGCCGCCGUCCUCGCUCCCGGAGGUCCCUGACAGUGUCAGCCCAGUGCGUGUUGUGUCUGUGAAGCAAAUUCUGUGCGGAGCCUGCGCAUGCACACGCGGAAGGAGGGUGGGCAGGGCGUUGAGCUGUGUUCUCAGGUUAGACUCUGAAGGUUCCUGGCUUCCAUGUGACUUGUAAGCGUGCCCAGUUUUUAUUUAACUAUGUCUGUAGUUGACAAAUAUGGCUUCAUCACAAAUUUUUUAAAAUGUUUCCAAUGUAGGAUUCCCUUUAGGAGCUUUCUAGAAAGUUGAGGUGCUUUAAGCUUCCCUUCUAUUUUAAGUUCCAGUUUGGCGUGGAUCAGGUGGAGGGUAAGGAGAUGGUCUUGGCGUCAUGAGUUGAAGUCAGCGUUUGAAUUACAGCACACAUUACUGUGUGUCAAGAGGCAGUGUUGGAAAGAGUCUGAUUUUCUAAAAUAUGCAUCAGAUGCAUAAAUUAUAAAUCAGAGCUGAGUGGUGAGGUACUUUAACAGGAAAGGGAUCAAUACUAUUUCCACUAGGAAGAGACAGUAAUUCAAUCUGAACAUGUGAAGGCCAAGGUUGAUCAACUUAACCUUGUUUUUGUAAUUUUAAAGCUGGUGUUGGUAGCUGGGAAGCUGUACCUGUGGAGAGGUGUGUGUCUACGUGUUAGCUCAGCCUCUUUUAAGUGUCUGUUUUUACUCUUGUCACUUCUUGCCGUUGGAAGCAUGUUUGGGUUUUUUUGUGGUGUCUGAUGUUGGCAUUUGAGAAAAGCCAGCCUUCGGGGGCACUGCCUGUGGAAUGGCCUUCCUCUCCAGUGCCUGAGGUCUCUGCUCAUGGGUGACCUCUCACCCCUGCUGGAGAAACCUGACAUUUACAAUGGAUUGUAUUUGUUGGGCAAAAAGGGCGGAUUCAUUCAUAGAGCAGAAAGAACCUGUUUGGCAAGUGGCAAGGUCUUCCACUAGUUAGUCGGUUUCUUUUGGGGAAAUGUUUAUAUUUUGUAAUUUCUAGAAAGCCAGAAAAAUGGGCUCUGAUUUCAUAGCCAGCAUUUUGAUAAAAUGCCACAAAAUAAGGGCUAUCGAGAGAUUUUUACAAGUUGGAUUUUUGUUCCCCAAAUCUUUUAAAUGAAGCCACUGAUGCCUGGUUCUCGGCACAAGACCCCAGUUGAGAUAGAACAACGCUGGGAAACCUUCUGCGUGCUGUGGCAGUCUGCACAUUCUCCCGAAGGCGUUUCCUCUGCAGGCAUAGUGUUACAGGAAGUACAGGGCAAAAUGCAGCUUUUUAUAAAACGCUUUUAAACCAUGUAAUAAAGCGGGUGUCUAGAACAUCAGCGCCUUAUUCUGAGACUUCAUAAGGCUGAGUUUGCACACUUGGGCUUCAGUUUUGCUAGCAUGUAAAGAACUGUGGACUUUAAAAACGUAAGAGGUAUCAUUACAAGUCACGUGGAAAUGUCUCAAGGAGCAGGUUCUUUGGGCAGCAGAGAAAGAAGGUCUGCGCUGUCAUGUGAAUGUGUCUGUGCUGGGAUUGCCGGUUAGUCUGGGACACUCUUGUGACUAACAAUUGCUGUUUAAAGAUGUGCGCUACAGGGGCACGGGCCCUGUCCUGACGUGCUCCACAGCGGCCAGUUCAACUGCUGUUUAUUUUUUUAUCCAGAGGCUUAAUUAAGUGAAUGACAAAAUGAUGUAUGCACAUUGAGACGAAGUUCUUUAUUUCUAGGUGGCAAGAUGUACCGACUUAGAGUUAUCUGUUUAAAAAAAAAAAAAAAAGACAAAAGUUAUCACCAAGACCCCCUUCCCCAUCUUGCACUGUUGGUUUUGGAUCGGGCGUGGGGGAGGAAAUGUUUUUCUUAACUGUCUACUUUGUUUGAACACUUUUUUUGUGGUUCAAGUGCUAUUUUGUGUGUUGGGACCAAACAGUUGUCAAUAAACUUUACAAGCAAGCAUCCAG